AUGGUCAUUCUGCAGCAGGGGGACCAUAUAUGGUUGGACCUCAAGACAGAACGGGAGUUUGACGUUCCCCUCGGUGCUGUGGUCAAGCUGUGUGAUUCUGGCCAGAUCCACGUUCUGGAUGACGAAGGAAACGAGCACUGGCUCUCAUCUCUGAAUGCCACCAACAUCAAGCCUAUGCACCCCACCUCAGUGCAUGGGGUGGCUGACAUGAUCCGCCUGGGGGACCUGAAUGAGGCUGGCAUCCUCAGGAACCUUCUGAUCCGCUACCGUGAGCACCUCAUCUACACCUACACAGGGUCGAUCUUGGUGGCGGUGAACCCCUACCAGCUGCUUCCCAUCUACACGGCAGAUCACAUCCACCUCUAUACCGGAAAGAAGGUGGGCGAGAUGCCGCCCCAUAUUUUUGCCAUCGCCGACAACUGCUACUUCAGCAUGAGACGCAGUGGCAAAGACCAGUGCUGCAUCAUCAGUGGUGAAUCAGGAGCUGGAAAGACUGAGAGCACCAAGCUUAUCCUACAGUUCCUGGCGUCCAUCAGCGGGCAGCACUCGUGGAUUGAGAAGCAAGUCCUGGAGGCCACGCCCAUCCUUGAAGCUUUUGGCAACGCCAAGACUAUUCGCAAUGACAACUCAAGCCGCUUCGGAAAAUACAUUGACAUCCACUUCAAUGUCAGAGGGGUGAUUGAAGGGGCCAGGAUUGAGCAGUACUUGUUGGAGAAAUCCAGAGUCUGUAGACAGACUCAAGACGAGAGAAACUAUCACAUCUUUUACUGCAUGCUGCAGGGCAUGUCCCCUGACAUGAAGAAGAAGCUGUAUCUUGGCAACGCUGUAGAUUAUAUCUACCUCACCAUGGGAAAUUGUGUUGUGUGUGAUGGCCGUGAUGACCUUAAGGAGUACUCCAACAUCCUCUCUGCAAUGAAGGUUCUGAUGUUUACUGACACCGAGAGCUGGGAAAUCUCCAAACUACUUGCAGCCAUCUUGCACAUUGGCAACCUGUGCUUUGAAGCCAGAAUGCGUGACAACAUGGAUGCCUGCAUGGUGAUGUGCUCUACGAACCUCACUACUGCUGCCGCCCUGCUGGAGGUGGAUCCUGAGGAGGUGAUGAGCUGCCUGACCAGCAGGACCCUCGUCACUGGAGGAGAGACUGUAUCAACUCUCCUCAGUGUGGAGCAGGGGCUGGAUGUGCGCGACGCUUUCGUGAAGGGAAUUUAUGGAAGAUUGUUUGUAUGGAUCGUGGACAAGAUUAAUGCUGCCAUCUAUAAACCACCCCCCAGUGACUGUAAAUACAUGCAGACAUCCAUCGGCCUGCUGGAUAUCUUUGGGUUUGAGAACUUUGUUAUCAACAGUUUUGAGCAACUGUGCAUCAACUUUGCCAACGAAACCCUGCAGCAGUUCUUCGUGCACCAUGUGUUCAAGCUCGAGCAGGAGGAGUACAACCUGGAGGGAAUCAGGUGGCAGCACAUCGAGUUCACCGACAACCAGGAUGCCCUCGACAUGAUCGCCAUCAAGCCCAUGAACAUCAUCUCUCUCAUCGAUGAAGAAAGCAGGUUUCCAAAGGGCACGGAUGGUACCAUGUUGAAUAAGCUCAACUCCCAGCACAAGUCCAAUCCUAUCUAUUUCCCCCCCAAGCACAGCCGCGAGACGGUGUUCGGCAUCCAACACUUUGCUGGCACCGUUUACUAUGACACUGCAGGCUUCCUGGAGAAGAACAGAGACGGUCUCCAUGGUGACAUAAUCCAGCUGAUCUACACUUCCAGCAAUAAGUUCAUCAAGCAGAUCUUCCAGACCGACCUUGCCAUGGGGGCAGAGACCAGGAAACGCUCACCAACCCUGAGCAGUCAGUUCAAGCGCUCCCUGGACCUGCUCAUGAAGACCUUAGGCGCCUGCCAGCCAUUCUUUGUGCGCUGUAUCAAACCCAAUGAGUUCAAGAAGCCUAUGCUGUUUGAUCGGGAGCUCUGCAUUCGGCAGCUCCGCUAUUCUGGCAUGAUGGAGACCAUCCGAAUCCGCCGCGCCGGCUACCCUAUACGCUACACGUUUGCAGAGUUUGUGGACCGCUACAGAGUCCUUCUGCCUGACGUCAAACCUGCCUUCAAACAGGGGAACGUGACAGUAGCAUGCCAGCGCAUCCUGGAGACCAUCGUGGGGAGCGGUGAGGACUGGCAGAUGGGGAAGAGCAAGAUUUUCCUUAAGGAUCACCAUGACGUGCGGCUGGAGAUGGAGCGCGACACGGCCAUUACACGCAAGGUCAUCCUCAUCCAGAAGGCUGUGCGGGGCCUCAGAGACAGAUCCAGAUUUCUCAAGAUCAGGGAUUCUGUGAUACUGAUUCAGAAAAUCUGGAAAGGCCACCACUGUCGAAAGAAUUAUAGAACGAUGCGGACGGGUUUUCUACGGCUCCAGGCCGUCUAUCGAUCUCGCAAGGUUUACCAGAGCUACAGAGCUGCACGGAGAAGCAUCGUGGUACUGAAGGCAUGGUACCGAGGCCUCCUAGCGAGACAGGCCUUCCGGCAUCGUCUGAGGGCUGUCAUCAGCAUCCAGGCCCACGCGCGUGGCAUGCUCGCUCGCAGGAUGUACGAGCGGCUCAGAACUGAGGGUCACCUACCUCUGGAGGAGAAAGGGCGCCUCCUGUUGGCCGAAGACACACGGUGGCCUAGAGAGGCAAUGGUUGUGCAGCAGGCCUGGGAGGAUGAUGAACAGCUGACCAGCGCAAGUGCCAUGCAGGAAGAGGAGGCAUGGGAGGAAGCCUGCCCCGAAAAGGGGGCGCUGCUGCAGGGGAAGUUGGUCCAGCAGGAUCCAGUCAGUGACUCGGAUGUGGUGGAUGAAGUGUUUGGAUUCCUGGGGUCUAAUGGUACCUUCCCUGGGCAGGAGGGGCAGGCCCCCAUAGGCUUCGAGGACCUGGAGCGGGCUCCAGGGAAGGCCGAGCAGGUGGAGGAGGUGGACGUGGCCAGAGUUCUUCCACUUCCUGUGGCCGAGGAGGAGGACCUGUCGGAGUAUAAGUUUGCCAAGUUCGCCGCCACCUACUUCCAGGGCAGUGCCACGCCGUACCACACGCAGAGCCCCCUCAAACAGCCACUGCUCUUACAUGAAGACGAGGGAGAUCAGAUGGCGGCCUUGGCCGUCUGGAUCACGACACUGAGGUUUAUGGGUGAUCUUCCGGAGCCCAAGUACCACGCUGUCGUCAACGACGGCAGCGAGAAGAUUCCCGUCAUGACGAAGAUCUACGAGACCCUCGGGAAGAGGACGUAUAAGCAUGAGCUGAAGGCCCUGCAGGGAGCUGAGGAGAGCACUGCUGUCGAAAGCCACCGGCAAAACACUGCGCGACACAAGCUAGUCUCCCUCACUCUGAAGAGGAAGUCAAAGAUCACGGAGGAGGUGAUCAGGCGUCUGAACGAUUUUGACUACAGCACUCCGGGAAACAGCAUGUUGGAGGAGCGGCCUACCUCCAACCUGGAGAAGCUGCACUUUAUCAUUGGCAAUGGCAUUUUGCGGCCUGCCCUCAGAGAUGAGAUCUACUGUCAGAUCUGCAAGCAGCUGACCCAGAACCCUUCAAAGACCAGCCACGUACGCGGAUGGCUGCUCAUCUCACUUUGCGUUGGCUGCUUUGCACCCUCUAUGAAAUUUGCAAAAUAUCUGCAGAACUUCAUCAACAUGGCUCUUCCUGGUUAUGCCUCUUACCUGGAAGAGCGGCUAAGAAGAACUGCUAUGAAUGGGACUCGGGUCCAGCCACCAUCUUGGCUUGAACUACAGGCCACAAAGUCAAAGAAGCCCAUCAUGCUCCCGGUGACCUUCAUGGACGGCACAACCAAGACCUUGCUGACAGACUCGGCUACCACAGCGAAAGAGCUGUGCGAUACACUGGCGGAAAGGAUCGGCUUGAGCGACACCUUUGGCUUCUCCCUCUACAUUGCCCUGUUUGACAAGGUGUCCUCCCUAGGCAGCGGGAAUGAUCACGUGAUGGAUGCCGUGUCCCAGUGCGAGCAGUAUGCCAAGGAGCAGGGCGCCCAGGAGCGCAACGCCCCCUGGAGGCUGUUCUUCCGCAAGGAGAUCUUCACACCUUGGCACAACCCAGGUGACGACAGUGUGGCCACCAACCUGAUCUACCAACAGAUCGUCCGUGGUGUCAAGUUUGGCGAGUACCACUGUGACCUGGAGGAGGACCUGGCCCGGCUGGCUGCCCAGCAAUACUUUGCGGAAUAUGGGUGCAACCUGAUACCUGAACGUCUCCUCAGCCUAGUCUCAUCGUACAUCCCUGACCGUGAGAUUAACUCCUCUAGGACCAUGGAGAAGUGGGCACAAAUGAUCACCACAGCAUUCAAGAAGGGAAUCUGCACUCGAAGCCUGACAGAGGCACAGAGGGUCAAGGAAGAAGUGGUGGACUUUGCACGUUUCAAAUGGCCACUGCUGUUCUCACGGUUCUUCGAGGCCUUUAAGUUCUCAGGCCCCAGCCUGCCAAAGAAUGAUGUCAUCGUUGCUGUGAACUGGACCGGUGUUUACUUUGUGGACGAUCAAGAGGAGGUCCUCCUGGAGCUCACCUUCCCGGAGAUCACUGCCGUUUCCAGCAGCAGGGGGGGCAAACUUCAGGGACAGAGCUUCACAUUGGCUACCAUCAAGGGGGAAGAGUAUACCUUCACAUCCAACAACGCUGAGGACAUCCGCGACCUGCUGGUGAUCUUUCUCGAGGGACUAAGGAGAAGGUCGAAGUUCGUUGUGGCGCUGCAGGACGAUUCAAACUCAGCCACAGAGGACUCAACAUUCCUCGACUUCGCCAGAGGUGAUCUCAUCCAGCUGGACCAGGACACAGGGGAGCAGGUGAUGAACUUGGGCUGGGCUCACGGCAUCAACGUUAGGACCAAGGAGAGCGGUGACUUCCCAGUGGACUGUGUCUAUGUGCUUCCUGCUAUCACCAGGCCUCAGUGUGACAUUGCGGCAGUAAUAACUGCAGCUCCGGACCAGCGGAGGGAAUCUUUGGGCCUGUUGGUCCUCCCGCCAGAGGACGGUGAGGGAAAAAGCGCCCCCUACACGUUGGAGGAGUUCUCCUACAGCUAUUUCAGGCCCCCACUGAAGGGCACCCUGGCACGAGUGAUGGGCUCCAACAGCUGGGGCCAGGAGAAGUUAUGGAGCUGUGCACGAGAGCCCAUCAAGCAGCCUUUGCUGAAGAAGAUCCUGAGCCAUGAGGGUCUGUCCCAGGAGGCCUGCGCUGCUUUUACUCCCAUAAUGAAGUACAUGGGCGAUUACCCAUCCAAGUGCCCGCGCUCCGUGAAUGAGCUCACCGACCAGAUAUUUGAGUGUGCCUUAAAGUCAGAGCCCUUGAAGGAUGAGAUCUUCUGCCAGAUCCUUAAGCAACUCACUGAAAAUCAUGUAAAGUACAGCGAGGAGAAGGGCUGGGAGCUGCUCUGGCUUUGCACAGGCCUUUUUCCGCCCAGUAACCUUCUGUUAUCCCAUGUCCAGAAGUUCCUACAAGCCAGGAAGCACCACCCACUAGCAGCAGACUGCAUGCAGCGGCUUCUAAAGGCACUUAGGAAUGGUGCCAGAAAAUACCCCCCUCACCUGGUGGAGGUGGAAGCCAUCCAGCACAAGACCACCCAGAUCUUCCAUAAGGUCCACUUCCCCAAUGACACGGACCAGGUGUUUGAAGUGGAGUCAAGCACAAAAGCCCAAGACUUCUGCUUGAGCAUCUCCAGUCGGCUACAACUCAAGUCGUGUGAGGGCUUCAGUUUGUUUGUGAAAGUCUCAGACAGGGUGAUUAGCAUGCCAGAAGGGGACUUCUUCUUUGACUUUGUCAGGCACCUAACAGACUGGAUCCGCACAGCCCGGCCCCCAAAGGACGGUGCACCUCCUUCCUUGACCUACCAGGUGUUCUUCAUGAAGAAGCUCUGGACCAAUACUGUUCCAGGGAAAGACUCUGUGGCUGAUUCUGUCUUCCAUUUUUACCAGGAGCUACCCACAUAUCUCCAUGGUUACCACAGCUGUACACUUGAGGAGGUCCUCCAACUGGGGGCGCUGAUCUACCGUGUCAAAUUUGAGGAGGACAAGAUCUUCUUCUCCAACAUCCCCAAGAUGCUGAAGGAACUGGUGCCCCAGGAUGUCAUAGGGCAGCUCACCCCCGAAGACUGGAGGCGGGCUCUGCUGGCCUACAUCAAUAAGCAGGCCGGCAAAUCCAAAGAGGAGGCCAAGCUCACAUUUUUAAAGAUCAUCUAUAAGUGGCCAACGUUUGGAUCUGCAUUCUUUGAGGUCAAGCAAACCACCGAGCCGGGGUUCCCAGAGAUUCUGCUGAUAGCGAUCAACAAGCACGGCAUCAGCCUCAUCGACCCAAAGACCAAGGACAUCCUGAUCACACACCCUUUCACCAAGAUCUCCAACUGGAGCAGUGGGAACACCUAUUUCCACAUCACCAUCGGAAACCUGUUACGGGGCAGCAAGCUGCUCUGUGAGACAUCAUUGGGCUACAAAAUGGACGACCUCUUGACCUCCUACGUCAGCCAGAUGCUAACCACCACGACUAAACAGCGUAGUUCUCGUGGCAACAGCAGCUGAGCAGACAUUCAACAGUUGAAGAAGACAACCACUGCAAAUAUGUGACAGCCAAGGCCAUAAUGGUGAACUUUGCCCCCUGAGACCAGGUUUGGGAGAUUCCCCCCCCCCCCAAGGUUGCUCAUAUUAGUAAGAGAACCGUCAAUACCAAAUGUCUCAUCUCACAAUCUAGAUCAAUGGGUUCCAGCCAUCGACAACCUCAACUAUUGAGUGAGUCACCUAAUCUGGGUUUUCAGCUGUCGGUAAUGUAAUAAACAAAAACAUUUUCUCUAAACCAAACCUCAAGACCACGGCUGAGCCCUGGCAUGAAAAUCCCCAAGGAAACACAAAGACAUGCACGGAUAUCUUCUCAAACAUUCUCACAAGCAACUAUAUAGGCCUAUUCAUUCAUCCCACACAUUCAGACAGACACAGAAAGAUACUAUCUCACUCUUACACAUAUAUCCAUCCCUGGGGUGGUGUGUAGCUCAGUUCAUUAGGUGCUUAUGAUAAUGGUCAGAAUGUUGUGGAUUCGAAUCCCACGACCAGCUGUCAAGUGAUAUCACCAUUAGGCCUUUAACUGGCCAGGGAGGUGGAUGCUGGCUAACCCCUUCCCCACGCUGUUUCUACAUUACGUUCCAACAAAAGCAUCUGCUAAGUAAAUAAAAUUUUCCUAAAUAAAUAUUUACAGAAAAACACACACACAAGCUUCUAGAGAAAGUGUUCAGUGAGGAUUUAGAGUGGCACACAAGCCUGUGCUCACAGUCGCUGCACCGAUACAACUGUUUUCUCGCUCCAUGGCAUUGUCACAUUUCAGAAAUGUUUUGAAAAUAACAUGCAACAGUGCACUGCUGCCAUUUUUAACAGUAAGUGAAGUAAAAUGUGUUUUAUGUCAGUCUUUCUCAACCCCGGGCCUUGUGGACCCCCAGACGGUCCAUGUUCUUACUCCCUCCCAGCUCCUGGCAAAAACGUAGACUGUCUGAAGGUCCCGGAGCACUGGGUUGAGAAACAUUGUUGUUCGUAAUGACCACUGUUAUGAAAGCGGGACCUAAGAGGAAGCAAAAACAUGGACCGACUGAGGGACCCUGAGCACUGGGUUGGGAAACACUUUUGUGUGAUGACCACUGUAAUAACGU